UGACGCCAAUGAAAUAAUUGAAAUUGUUGAAUACCCUUAGCAACAUUAUUAUUCAUAUGCAAUCUUACGUGAUUAUCCGCUGCUGCAUUUUCCAGUACUUUUUUCUGCAUAAUAAGUGGACCGUGAUAAAAACCAAAAUGUCGCACCCUUCCAGCUCUCAGGACGCAAAGAGCAAAGUUCCAUCCGUGGCGUCAGAUGUGUUUCAGUGUUGCGAUAAAGAUCACACCCCUUCCGGCAACGAAGCCAAAGAUGUUCAUAGAGCGGGUUCCGCGUGGAGUAUCACGAAUAUGCCUGCAGAAAUUGCCCAGUUCGCCAUUGAUGCUCCCAUUGACUAUGAUGCCAAAGCUGCUGAUAUACAGAGACAUAAGGACGAUGACAACAAGGAUGAGUUUCAACGAGCCCUCGCUAUUUUGCAAAGUAACGAGUUUGGACAGAAAGUCUUUGCAGCUCAAAACUUGUCUCAAAUGAUCUCCACCAACCAAGAUCGGGCUUUCAAGGAAUUGCUCCCAGCUAUUGAGAAUGAAUUAAAGCAAAACUUCGACCCAGAAUUUCACAUGGCAGUUGCCGACAGCGUGACCAGAUCUGUGCUGUUCUUGUUACCCAAGAACCUGCAAAGGGCACGGCAGCUCAUUAAUAUUGCUUCCAUCAUGGUUUCCUCUGCUAAUACUGAGGUUUCAGAUUCAUGGUAUCGUUGCUUCGACUCUCUCGUGGGCCAGCUAAAUUCUGCAGAUUUACAACGAGAGAUUGUCCCACAUGUAGUGGAAAGGCUGGGAAAAGAUACAGCUUCCGUGAACGCGAAGAGAACGGCAGGUCGACUCAUGGAGAAAUUGGCAAAUAAACUUCCAGACGAAGCCGUUGCCAAAAAACUGUUCCCCACGGUGGAAGCCUUGUGCCGGGACAAGGAUUCCGUUGUGCGAGGAACAAUGUGUGUUCGACUACCAGAAGUAAUCGUCAAAUUAAAAGAAAAGGACAAAGUAUUCCCCAUCCUCAACAAUCUUCUUAACGACAUGGACGCUCACGUUAUGACAGCUUUGCUGGGGGCGUUAGGAAAGGCCGUGAUGUUGAUGAACGUGAAGGACCCGAAAGCAAACGAGUUUUUCCAAACAGCGAUGCCUAUUUUUAAGAAAGUUGUCAAGAAAGCGUACGUGGACGGGAAUACGGAGCUGCUCACCGAAUUCACGAGUCACUUUGGACAAGUCACAGCCAUAAUCUCUGGGAGUGGGAUUCUGUCCAAUGCGGAUAAGUUGUGGUUUUUGGAUGCAUGUCUUCAACUGAGUCGAUAUGGACUCCCAAGCUCCCAAUUUUCAGGGAAAGGGAACGAGCAAAGCAUGCCCACAGGCUUUAUUAAUUUCCGAGCCAACAUGGAAUUUAACAGGCGUCACUCUGCUCUUGAAGCGCUGAUUGGCACAGGCGCCCCAAGUACCUCGAAAGCCUCUCCAGCAGGUCAACCAACGGGCACAGCUCUAACCCUCAUCAAAGGAAACAAUAAUGACGGUGUCAAGGACGAUUCUGCCUGGGCCUGUCGAGCCAAUAUUGCCUCCAGCUUUCUCCCCUUUCUCAAAUUCGCCAAACCUUUGGUGGAUUUUCGUCAUGGGCUGCAUCCCAUAGUUGUCGACUUGAUGCACGAUCCUGUCCCAUCCGUCAGAGCGAAAAUGGCCAAGAAUAUUUAUCCCAUUAUGCAAUACUUGGGAUCCGAUGGUGCCCUCCUGAAUGGCGAGGUCGUUUAUUCUCUUGCUGACGACGAUAUAACCGUGGUUGAAGCUAUCAUGCCAAACUUGGCAGAUAUUUUACGAGCGUUUGUCCAAGCAAAGUUGAUUUCUCCAGAUGCAAUGACGAACGCAACUGUUGAGAUUGGAGGUGCGCUUUUGUUCUGCGAGAUGCGACUGAGUCAAACGAACGAUUGGCGAGUGCACGCCACGAUGUUGGAACAAUUAUCCGUUCUGCCCUUCUGCUUCCCAGUGGACUAUGUGUACAAUAACUUUGUUCCAGCCCUGUUCCACCGACUUCUCCACAUGAGACAACUGCCUUGCAGAAUAGCAGCAGCAGAUGCGAUUGUCUCCUUCCUCCGCCACUGUCGACGAUCUCACCAGAGGGAAGAGAUUCGGAGGAGGAUAAAAGAAGGUUUCGCUCAAGGUCGCAGUGUUCAUGACAGAAUGCUGUUCCUCUUCAUGUCCAAGAAAAUCAUGGAAAUUUUCUCAAGAAAGUAUUACCGUGAUCAUUUUUUUGAGUCCACCUUGCUCAUGACUGAUGACAACAUUCCCAACAUUCGGCUGAAAGCAGUCAACAUGAUGCCAGACUUGAAAGGCGUGCUCCAAAUGUCGGAAGAUGCCACGCUUUUGAAAAAGCUGGAAGAAACUUUGGUAAAGAUAAAAAACUCGGAAAACGACCGAGAUGUUCAGAACGCUAUCGAGGCAGUGAUUCCGGUCAUGGAGAAAGUUGGAGUGGUAUUGAAAAGGGAUAAAACGGGUCCAAAGACAAAAGAGGAUUUGGAAGAUGAAGCAAAGGAACGGGAGGAAGAGUACAUUGCCAGCUUGGAACCCCCUCCAAACGCAAAGAACAACAAUAUUCGGGAGAAAAGUAAAAGUAUCUACAAAACCAGUCGACGAAGUGAAGCUCCGCCAUUAGUCCCAGCUAUUCCACGUCCACCAGAACCUGUGGUGGCGACGAACGAGCCACCUGGCCCUCCGAUGUGGACUCUGCAAAUGAAGCACAAGUCCAUUGGACAAUUUGAGCCUACCAAAAGCAUCGUGGACGAGUACAACCGGAAAAAAAAGCCGUCAGACCCGAAGAAAAAGUGAUGCAGAUCUUGAUGUCUCAUAAAACUUUUAUUUGAGGUACUUUACAUUAAAAUGCACACACAUCUGCUACACAGACGAACUUCCCUGCGAACCUAUUUAUGUACGUACAACCAAAAUUUAUAGUAUUACUGAUGCAAUAAACUUUUCUUCAGA